AUGCAUGCAGCCGCCAUCCAUAUUGUGCGUCCAUCACAGCGGUUGUUACAAUACUACGAUACCCUUGAUACAUUCACUAAGUGGAAAGGAACAACCAAUAUGAAAAUCUAUGCUAUACUGAUUUAUGCAAGCCCUCCAGGUGCCUCUGCCGUUCCACUAGUUGCAGCUUGGGAUUUGGAAAGCUUUGGUUGGUUCCAAAGAGGAACGGUACAAGAUGUGAUGGCAUUCAUGAGUAAGACCGUCGCAGAGAGAACAGCACCAACACAACGUCAAUCCGUACAAGAGAAUAGCUACGUAGCACACGUUCAUUCAAGGCCCGCUUCUGAUGGUAUUUCGGGUGUAUUGGUAUCCGACAGCGAAUAUCCUGGAAGAGUUGCAUUCUCUCUAUUGCAAAAGACAUUGGAUGAAUUUGUGAUGAAAUGUCCAAGGUCAACUUAUGAUGCAAAAGUGAGCGCAAUUACAACCGGUAGCGCUCAACCGCCAGCAAAAGGUGUUGGAGUUUUACCCGCAACCGCCUUUCCACAAGCACAAGAUUAUUUGACCAGAUAUCAAGACCCAAGACAAGCGGAUAGCAUUAUGCGUGUACAACAAGAAUUGGAUGAGACAAAGAUUGUUUUGGUGAGUGGAGAGAGGAUGAGUGAGAAGAAUAAGAGUUUUGUUUUAACCAAUUAUCCCCCUGUCCCACCCAAACAGCAUAAGACCAUUGAUUCCGUGCUAAAACGUGGAGAAGAUUUGGACAAAUUGGUUGAGAAGAGUGGAUCGCUAAGUCAACAAAGCAAGAUGUUCUACAAAACAGCCAAGAAGCAAAAUUCUUGUUGCGUUAUCGCUUGAUCGAAUCCCUACCCAUACUACACUCGAGAGUACUUUCUACGCCGUAUAUCUUCUUUGCUCAA